CGCUCAUCAUUGCAUUUUUGGGAGAUCAUCAGUGCGCAAGGGUGAAUCGGGCCGCCAAAUAAUUUCUUACGAGAAGUUGUAGUUCUGCUUCGAGCAAGCAAACGCGGCGGCGCGAGUCACGGGAGACCAGCGACAUCGCCAGCAACCGGCGGCCGCGGCCAGCCCCUAACCACAACAACAUCCAGCAUCCAGAGCGACAGUCCCGGCGACUGCGAUCGUGCCCGUCGACCUCCCGAAGUGCAGCGGGCAACUCCAACACCGCGGCGACACUGACCAUGGAGCAGCUCCCGGACCACGCCGUGCUGCGGAUGCUGCAGUUCCUGGACGUGACGUCCCUCCUGACUUGUCGCCUGGUGUGCAGGAGACUCGGGGACCUCGUGCUGAACGCCGAUGCGUGGCGGCACCGGACGGUCUGCGUGACCACCUGUGCGUGUCCCGAGCUGCGCCUGGCGCCGUGUCUGCAGCUGCUGGACAUCAAAUCAGACAAACUCAGUGAGAGCAGCUGCCUCCCGGCCGCGCUCGUCUGGACCAGGUGCGCCGUGGCCAAGUUGCACCUCAGGGUGGCUCCGGCUGGCGACCUGAUGGCCGGCGUUGCCACUGCGGCCAUACUGAGGCAGGCGGGGCUUGGCCGACUUAGGAGCCUCGUAGUACAUGUCAGGGCGGGACUCAGCGACUCCGUGCAUGCCAUGCUCCUGGCAGCGGUGGCGUCUGCGCGUGGCUUGGAAGAGGUGGAGGUGGACGUGACCGAUGUUGUACCAGGCCUCAUGGCCAUCUCUCUUGGCAGCACCGCGGUGACUCCAUCCCUUAAGCGUUUCGAGUGUGUGCUGGCCGAGGGGACGGAACCGUUCGUCAACUUCAUCCUGGCCGGGCACGCCGACACCCUCGAGACUGUUCGCCUCUACGGCGCCCCGUUCAGCGCGGUCGCGACGUCCACUGCACCCAUCCUGGCCCGCAUGGCGCAACUGCGCCAGCUGACGUGCUACGUCACCAUGCUCGGGCUGGAGGCCGUGGCUGCCUGCAAGGCGCUCCGGGUCCUGAAGCUCUGCCUCAGCUCCUGCACCAGGGAGGACCGGGCAGCCUGCGCAGGAGCCGUCGAGGUCCUCCGGCGCGCCGAGAACCUCCGGGAACUGAAUCUCUCCGGUAACGCCGCUACCGCCCGUGUGUUCGUGGAACUCUUCCAGGCCCUCGCCUUGAACACGCGAUCGCGCCUGGAGUCGCUGAAAAUCCGCUUACCCUACCGUCAUAAUCGGAACGGCCCUUCCUUGCGAGCGUUGAUCAGUGCACUCCCGUCGCUGGCGGCCCUGCAGCACCUGCACCUGCGGUACGUUACGGAUACUUGUGCGAAGCAGGUCGUCGACGACCUGAUGCUGGCCAUCACCCCAACCACGGCACCCGCCCUGCGGAGGGUCCAACUGGAGCCACCAGCGCUGUGCGUUCACGGCUGGCUCCACGGCGACGCGUUUCAGACCGCAAUGGCGAGGAACCCCUUGCUUCAUUUUACUCUUGAUUGCUUCAUUGCCUACUGUCGGGACACAGCUUGUAAGGCAUGCACGCAAGGUUGUCACGCAGUACUCCUGGGGAUGGAAGAAGAGUCCGACGACUCUGACUGUAUGGAAGAGUCCUACACUGGAAAUGCAAGUGUGUGAAUGUCGCUCACCUGCAGGUGAGCGACAUUCACACACUUGCAUUUCCAGUGUAUGACUCUAAGGUAGAGUUCGAUGACUCUGACGAUACUAACCUGUUGCACCUUUUCUACCAUGAUACGGACAAAGAAUGUGCCAUUGAUCACAGUUCAAUCAGUAACAACUGGAUCUACUGGAGCCUUACAGAAGGUUAAUAUUGUGUUAACAACAAUGGGAAAUUUAAUUUCUACUUCCUUUGUUUUCUAAUUAUCAUUAUUUUUAUUAUUGUAUGUUUGUUAUUGUUACCAUUUCCUUUUGUCUAGUACAAAUUAAAUAAUUGCCUGUUUAUUUGCGUUCGUCUCUUUUUUAUUUCGACCCAUUUGGUAGCAAAAAUAUUCCCACUGCCCCCUCCACAACACACUGCUCUUCAUUUCAACUACAACAGAGUAAAUCGCUAACU